CGGGCAUCGUUCCCGAAUCCCGAUGAUCCCGUACGAUACAGUCGGCGCGUACGCACAACGUCGCGUCUAUCCAGGGAGCCCGUCCGUCGCCCGUUUCGGGAUUAUCAUGAUAUAGUUCGGGCUCUAGACUGGGGAAAAACUUGAAAUUCGGGAUAACUAACGAGGGUUUAUAGUGUACAGCUCGGUCGAAGAGGACUUGGUGGUCUCGGUUCUGGAUCGAUCAUGGAUUUGCCACGGGUUCGGUUGACGUGAAAACGAUCGGGAAUCAGAAACAGAAUGUCAUGAGAUGUCCCGUGACGCGUACGUGGGGGGCUCCCGGUCCCCUAGGGGCGUGAGGCUGCCCACCGUGGACCGGUCGCCCAGCAGGGCGUACCCCGGUGGCAGUCCGCUGGGCCGGAACCAGAAACCGUUACGUCAGACUCGCUCGGGUAACAACUCGCCCGAGCACGUCGGUUACGGCGGUACGAGUUACCACUCGUCCUCGUACUAUCGGGACGACGAGUUGGAAGAUCCCAUGUUGGAGGAUAGGGGACGGCCCAUGGCCGUAGGGGCCGGACAUCAUAGAUCUAGAAGCGCUACUAGACCUACGAACCCAAUGUCGGUACGGUAUCAAUCCCUGGACAGGGGCCCCACAGUGGAUCACGAUCGGGAAUUUUUACCAAUAAGGGAUCGCAGGGAUCGAUCUUUAGAAAGAGGACUAUAUUUCGAAGACGAUCCUUAUCUUUCAAGAUCCGCCCGGCAAUCUCCGACCUCCCAUCAGCCGUUCAUCGGCGAACUCCAGCAUCAAAAUUCCGAUCUCCAAAGAGACCUGGCCAGUUUGAAAAAGGAACUGGACCUGACCAAUCAAAAACUCGGAUCGUCGAUGCACUCGAUUAAAACCUUCUGGAGUCCGGAGUUGAAGAAGGAACGGGCGUUACGGAAAGAGGAGUCUGCGAAAUACAGUCUGAUUAAUGACCAGCUAAAGCUGUUGAGUAGUGAAAAUCAGAAACAAGCCAUGUUAGUGCGCCAGCUAGAAGAGGAAUUAAGAAUGAGAAUGCGAGGCCCUAGUAUAGAAGUCCAACAGCAAAUGGAGGCUUUGUAUCAAGAAAACGAGCAUUUACAACGGGAAAUCGCCAUUUUAAGGGACACCAUUAAGGAACUCGAGCUCCGCAUAGAGACCCAAAAGCAAACUCUGCAAGCCCGUGACGAAAGCAUAAAAAAACUCUUGGAAAUGCUACAAAACAAGGGCAUGGGUAAAGAAGAGGAAAGGGCCAUGUUUCAACAGAUGCAGGCCAUGGCGCAAAAGCAGGAGCUGCAGGCCGCCAACGAGACCCUGCGCACCCUUCAGACUCAACUGGAGCUCGUGCCUUCGCCAUCCAGCAGCACAAUCAAAGUGCUGCUGGACACCAAAGAUGCGAGAAUCGCGACUCUCGAACGCGAAGUUUAUCUGCUCGAACGCGAGGUGGAACGUUUAGGUCCACCGACAAUAGUUAAUCAACCACCUGGUGGGUCCGCGCAUCUGCAGGUCGUUACGGAACAACCUCACCUUCACCUACCGUCGACGGUGAGACGUCAACUCGACGAGUUCCGGGUGGAGAUUCAGCGUCGCGAUCAAGAGAUACUCGCCAUGGGUGCUAAGAUGAAAACGUUGGAGGAGCAACACCAGGACUAUCAGCGGCAUAUCGCGGUGCUUAAGGAGUCGUUGUGCGCCAAAGAGGAGCAUUACAAUAUGCUGCAGGCCGACUUGGAGGAGAUGAGGGCGCGGCUGGAGGAGAAGAACCGGAUGAUCGAGAAGAAGCAGCAGCAGUAUCAGCAAGAGAGGGGGAGAGCCGCCGCCGAGAUUGCCGAGUUAAGGGAGCAUAUGGAUAUUAAGGAUCGGAAGAUCAAUGUCUUACAAAGAAAGGUCGAAAACCUUGAAGAUCUCCUAAAAGAGAAAGAUAACCAGGUAGACAUGGCGAGAGCACGUCUCUCGGCCAUGCAAGCUCACCACUGCUCAUCCGAGGGCGCCCUGAGCACCUUGGAGGAGGCCAUUGGUGAUAAGGAGAAGCAGAUGCACCAACUAAGAGAACAACGGGACAGAGCUGAACAAGAAAAGCAAGAAGAACGGGAGCUACACGAAAGGGAGAUAGCCGACUACAAGAUGAAGAUACAUGCCCUGAACAGCGAGGUUGAGAAACUAACCGCUAGACUAGAUAGGGCGCAAAACGAUAGGGAACGUAUCGAAGCCAAAUUGGAAAGCUCACAAUCCGAACUGGGUAAAUCCAAAGCGGAACUGGACAAAGCGAUGGAGUUCGGACGUCGCGGGGACGACUACGAUGUCGCGCGACAACGAAUCGCUCGCCUCGAGCUCGAAAACGAACGGCUGCGCCAAGAUCUCGAGCUAGCGCAAGCGAAACAGACGCGAUUCGGGUCGAACGUUUACUCGAGCUCGCACGAACUCGACCGAAUGCACGAACGAGCGGACAAGACGUCGUCCGAUCUUCGACGAUGUCAGGCCGAGCUUCGGGUCACGCAGGCCGAUAGCGAACGAGCGCGAUCCGAGGCGCAGGCGUUACAAGAGAAGUUGGAAAAGUCGCAGGGGGAAGUAUACCGCCUCAAGGCCCGACUCGAAAACUCCCAUCAGGAACAAGACAGCCUUCGAGAGGAACUGGAGAAAGCACAGUCGACUACGGCGAAGCUCCACGCAGACAAAGAUCGAGCUUACGCCGAACUCGAGAAGGAGAGGGAGGAAUUGGAGCGUACUACGGCGACCUUGGGAAAGGCUCAACUACAAACCGACAAGCUCCAGAACGCAUUGGACAAGGCUCAGACCGAAGUCGACAAGCUACAAGAGAAGUUAGACAAGUCCAUUGGAGAGACCAGACGUAUCCAGUUAGAAAAAGAAAAACUGGGAUACGAAUUAGAGAAUAUCCAGUCGCAAUUGGACAAGGCUCUCGGCCAGUCUGCUCGUAUUCAGAAGGAAAAAGAACAAGCCCAGCUCGAAGCAGAUCGGCUUAGGGAUAAAUACGAAAAAUUACAGACGGCGGUUGGCCGACUGCAAAAAGAAAAGGACUGUUUCCAAGACGAGUGCGAAAAACUCAAGGAAAGAGUCGACAUGCAGCUGAAUCAAAUUACAAAAGCCCAAAGAGAGAAGGCCGAGAUCGAAACCGAGCUGGAUGUUAUGAAAGAACGCUGGGAGAAAGCCCAUAUGCUACAACAAAAGCUGCAGAUCGAACGAGACGAUGCCGUAACCGAAAUCGACAUCCUCAAAGAGAAACUGGAAAAGGCAAUUUACUCCUCGCAAAAGGCCAUCGAUGAACGGGAGAAUGUUCAUAAAGAGUUUGAGAAGAUUCUUGAAAAAUAUGACAGGUCUCAAAGUGACGUCUAUCGCUUGCAAAACAAACUGGACUCAGUACAAGCAGACAAAGAGCGUCUGGAACUGGAAAUCGAAAAGCAGCAAAUCAUCAUUUCAAAAUCCAAAGAGGACCAGCGGAAACUGCAAGAAGAAGUCCAGAGGAUCACUGAAAUGUAUGAACGAGCUUCCAUGCAGCUCAGCAGAAGCAAGGAGCUUGAGGAGAAACAUAAGGAGGAAGUGGAACGGUUGAACAUCGACAUUGAAAUGGUGAGAGAUCGUUACGAAAAAGCUCAAAUAGAGCUCAGAAGGUUGCAGAGCGAGAGGGAAAAAUUACUGGCAGACAACGAACGGUAUCGAUAUGAAAUGGAACGGGCCCAAGCACAAAUUAACAAGACUCAAACUGCUUAUGAUAAAGCUCAAGAAGAAAUCUCUAGGUUAUCCAUCGAAGUGGAGAAACAUAAAGAUAAGCACGACAAGUUGCAGAAUGAGUUCAGGAAGGUUGUAGGGGAAUAUGACCAUCUCAGAGAAACCACUGGAAUGGCGGGAAGAGAGAGCAGAUAUUCCAGGUACGAUCGUGAUGAAACAAGAACCAAAGAAGAAAACGAUAGGCUACGAUCAGAAAUCGACAGGCUCAGAGAGAGGCUUGAUAAAACACUAGGAGACUUAGACAAGAGCAGGAAGGAACUCGCCCUAGUAGAAAGCACCAGAACCAAAUACGGAUUCGAAGAAAAGGAAAAACUGGCCGAAAUGGAACGGUAUAAGGAGGAGCUGCAACGCACCCUCAGCAUCAAUCAGCAACUAGAGACUAAACUUCACGAAGCCAGUAUGCAGUUGGAUCUGGCAAGGCAGGACGUGGCAAAGGCGCAAUCCUCCCAAGAGAAACAACGGGGAGAACUUGAAAGAGCCAUGAUAGAGCUGGAGAAACUCCGAGACCGUUAUGAGAAACUUAAAGCGCAAAGCGAGAAGAUGGAGAAGGACAACGAAAAGCUCAGAAUGGAGGUGGCACAACAAGAAAGAAGGCAAACAUUAGCGGCAGACAAAGUGAGAAACGAAGAGAGGCUCGAAAUUGAACGACUCAAGGAGAAACUUGAAAAAGCCAUCCAGGCCAGGAACGCCACUGAGAUGGAAGCCGGACGCUUAGCUCAGGAGUUAGAGAAGUCUCAGCUGCACCUUACCAAUGCCUUAGAAACAAACGAAGCAACGAAAAUCGAAUACGAACGCAUGGCCACCGAACUGGCACGAAUGCACGAGCGUCUAGAAAGAGACAAACUCGAGUGGAAAACUCUGGAGCAAGAGAGAGACGUGCUGCGAGCCGAGGUACAACAGGUCCGAAGCGGAGUGGACUCCCAAAGGAGAACAUUGGAUCACAGGACUCAGGAAACGUUGAUCAAGUUGCAACAGGAGCUCGCUCAAGCUAACAGAGAGAGGGAGAAGAUGGCGUCGAUGUUGGAAAAACAAGGAAGACAAGGAGAGUCAAUCGAGAAACAAAUAAUUAAAUACGAGGCCGACAUUAAGCAGCUCACAAUGGAACGGGACCAACUGGUCAACCAACUGGAAAAGUCCCAGGAUAUGCUGAUGAACUUCCAACAGGAGCUGAACCACAGCGAAGCCGAGCUGGAAAAGCACAAACAAGAAGUACUCAGGCUUAAGAACGAACAGAAGAAGAUGGCGCAGGACGUUGAAAAAGGUACCAAAGACAUGCUGGAGAACCGCGACAGAGAAAUCCAGAACCUCAGGCAGCAGCUCCAACAGGCCCAAAAAGAACGAGACACGCACAAACAAAGAGCGGACAAAGCUGAGAAGCUCCUGCACGAAACUGGAUCGCGUGGAGAUGCUGAGCUGGAGCAGUGGCGCAAUGUCAUCGAGCAGGAGACCAAGAGGGCGGAUCAGGCCGAGAAAACCGCUCAGGAUCUUCAAAAGAGAAUACAGGUCAUGGAGAAACAGCUGCAGCAACAGCUCAACCAAAUGGCCCAGUAUCAAAGAGACAGAGGGAUACAGCCACCCCCACAAGAUGAUAAGGAACUCCAGAGGUUGAAGAAGGAGCUGGAUAAGUCACAAAGUGACGUGAAGAACUGCAACACGGAAAAAGAGAGGUUGCAGGCCCAACUUGAGAUGUUGGUGCAAGAACUAGAGAAAAAUCAGCUGGAGCUGCAUGAAGCGACCAAGAAACUCCAAAUGGCUCCGCAAAAGCCCGCAGAAGAUCUCUCCGGGCAAAAGAAACAACUGGAAGAAGAAAGACGACGAAUGGAAGAAGCCAAGAAACAAUUCGAAGAACAAAGAAGGAGCGUGGAAAACAAGCACAGGCAAGUGGAAGAAAAGGAGCGACAACUCGCCGAGCUGGACAAGCAGCUACAAAAGCAAAAGCAACAAAUGGACCAAUUACAAUCCUCACUGCAAAAGGCUGGAGGUACUGUAGCAGCGGCUACGGAGCUGAACAAGAAACUUGUCGAGGCAGAGAAGAAGGUGGAUCAAGCGCAAGAGGAGGCGAAACGAUCGGCAGCGGAGAUGGAACGAUUGUUGCAGCUGGUUCAGAUGAGCCAGGAGGAGCAGAACCAGAAAGAGAAGCAAAUUAUGGAGCUACAACAAGCACUGAAAAACGCCCAGGCAAAAUUAAAGCAGCAGCAACAACAAGCACAAACCCAAGAGAGCGAAACGAACGACUUAAGAGCUAAAGAGGUGGCCAGAUCGGAGAUGGAGAAGUCAGUAGAAAAAAUUAGACAGUGUUUAGAAGAGAAGAGUAGAGACGUAGAGCGGUUAGAACGCGAGAUAGAGGAAAAAAAUUCGCAAAUAUUAAGGCUAGAAGUCGAGCUCAGGAAUAACAACUCAGAGAACGAUCAAAAUCUCAUCAAUAAUACUGGCAUAUCAAGACUAAGUAGUGGUUUUAGCGAUAAGGAUGAAGAUAGUAAUACGAAAAUUAGUCAGUUAGAGGAUGUUAUUGAGGAGAAGGAGAAGAGGAUAGAGCAGUUGGAGGAUGGCUUGAGGGAGACAGUUAAGAUUUCCGCUGAAAGAGAGAUGGUGUUGCAGAAAGAAGAAGCGAAAAGGAAACAAAUCAUGGAAAAGGUGGGUAAACUAGAACAGCGUCUGCUAUCUCUUCAAUCCGCCCAAGCAAUGCGGUGCCACAACUGCAAACCUUACGUAAGAAGAACCUCACUUCUAGAGGAAAAACUCCUCAAGCUCAUUGCUGAAAGGAAGAAGAACCUUCAGGAGCUUACGCACUUGAAGAGAGACGCGCUGGAAUCUGCUAUAAGUGAAAAGGAUGCCCACUUAGCCCUUCUGGAAAUGACAGGGAUCCGAACUGCCCGACAAGCCCAAGAAGUCGAUAAUCUCAAGUCAGAAAAGAAGAGAUUGGUUGUUAUGCUUAAAGAGGAGGCUGAGGCAAGUGUUUCUCUACUCGAAGACUCCGAUAUCGAAUACGACCUAUCGAACGACCUGCUUACCGUACCACGUGAGAAUAAACCUCUAGAGUCCAACAUAACCUGAAAAUAACGUAAUUUAGCUAAAAUAUCGUUGCCCUAUCCAGGAGUGUGUAAAAAAUUAUCUGUCUAUUUAACGUUAUAUCUUAAGCCGCGGGAGAGGCAAAGCAGUGAGGGAAAAUUACGUAGACGUUAAUUUAAAGCGAAAACUCUAGGACAAUUUUUUUUGAAAGUAGUGUCUUAAUUUAAUAAGGUUUACGUAACGCGUAGAAGCUAAAUAACGCUUACGUGAAGUUGAAGAAUAAUGUUUGCACGUAUUCGGUGAUGACUUUCUCCGUUAAUUUUUGAAAUAGAGUCUUGGUUUAAUAACGUUUACAUACGGGAUGACGUAAAUUAAUUUCGUCGACGUAUUUGCAAAAUAGUAGUAGAAUUGAAAUAACGUUUACAUAAAGUUCGAAAAUAAAGUUUGCAUUUAUUAAUGACGUCAAUAUAAUGCAAAGACUGUAGGGAUAAAUAUGAUUUUUUUUGAAAAUAGGGUCUUAAUUUAAUAACGUUUACGUAACGCGUAACAGCCAAAUAACGGUUACGUAAAGCUGGAAAAGAAUGUAUUCAGUGAUCACUUUUUCUGUCAAUUCUUGCAACAGAGUCUUAAUUCAAUAACGUUUACGUACAUAAUGACACUCAGAAAAGUCUUUUUGGGAAUAAAUUUAUAUUUGAUUAGUAAUGGAAUAACGUUAACCUAUAACUGAUAACAGCAUUUCAUUUUUCAAAGUACGUAAUUUAAAAAAAUUAAUUUCGUCGGAGGUUUUUGUAAAGUAGUUAGAAAUAACGUUCACGUAAAAUUACAAGUUCACGUUAGUCUCCUAACGUUUACACGUAUUCAGUGAUGACUUUUUCCAUUUAUUCUUGAAAUAGAAACUGAAUAACGUUUACGUACGUGACGAUAGCCGGAAAAAAAAAUUCGUGAGUGAAGUUCAUAUAUGCUUUGUAAUGGAAUAACGUUAAUGUAUGACUGAUAAAGCAUUUUGGUUUUUAAAGUACGCAAUUUAAAAAAAAUUAAUUUCGUCGGAGGUUUUUGCAAAAUAGUUAAGAAAUAACGUUUACGUAAAGAUGAACAAUAACAUUUGCACGUAUUCAGUGAGCACUUUUCCGGUUAUUCUUACAAUAGAGUUUUAAUUUAAUAACGUUUAGUUACAUGAUGACAGAUGAAAAAAUGAGUUUUCGUGAAUAAUACCGUUAACGUAACAACAGAAGAUUGUUUUUCACAGUAUACGAUUUAUAAAAAUAAUUUUUGUGAGAUCUUUUUGCAAAAUAGUUAAACAUUUACGUAAUGUUGAAGAAUAACGUUUGCCCGUAUUCAGUGAUCACUUUUUCCGUCUAUUCUUACAAUAAAGUCAUAAUUUAAUGACGUUUACGUAAGUGAUUAAAGCGUAAAAAAGAGUUUUCGUAAAUAAAGUCAUCUAUGCGGAGUAAUGGAAUAACGUUAACGUCUAACUAACAACAGGAUUAUGUAAUUCACAAUAUGAAUUUAAAAAAUUAGUUUCGUUAAAGGUUCUUGCGAAAUAGUGGUAGGAGCGAAAUGUCGUUGGAGAAUAACGUUUGCACGUAUCAUUUUCUCGUUGAGUCUUGCAAUAACUCUAACAUUAAUUUUUGUUCAGCAUUUUUUGCUAAGUAAAUGUUUACGUAUGAUCUGACAGGUGUAUAAACGUAAAGGAGUUUUCGUAGCGCCAAUGUCAUAACGUUUACUUAAAACCCGAUUACUGUUAACAACGAAAAAUUAUCCUUUUGUUUAACCUUUUUAAGGAGUUUUGGUACAUGAAAAUUAAAUUAUUGUGAAAUAGUAAUAGGAGCGAAAUAACGUUUACGUAUAGUUAAAGAAUAAUGUUUACAAGUAUUCAGUGAUAACUUUUCUUUAUUUUUGUACAGGAGUUUUCGCAAGUAAAAUAUAUUAAAAAGCAUUUACGUAUAGUCUGAGUACUGUCGACAUACUUAAACUUUGUUGCAGGGGAGUUUUUGCAAAAAGGACAUUAUUUUUAAUCCUGAAUUGUUAAACUAUAUCAAUGGCUUUCGUAAAAUAUCCUUAAUCUUAUAUUUUCUUAUGUACGUAAAGGAGUUUUCGCAGCGCCAAUGACAUAACGUUUAUUUAAAACUCGAUAACGUUUAAAAUAUAUUAUUCUCUUUACCUUAUUGACCACUUUUGGUAGAUAUAAUUUGAAUGAAAUAACGUUUACGUAUAAAAUAUCAUUCGUACAUAUUCAGUGAUAAAUUUUUCCGUAAUUUUUGAACAAAAGUUUUUCGCAUAUAAAAUAUAGUAAAUAGCGUUUACGUACAAUCUAACAGCUAUCGACAUACUGAUACUAUGAGCGAGUUUUUACAAAUAGGAAAUUCUUUUUAAUUCUCUUAAUCACUUUCGUAGAAUAUUCAUAACAUUACAAGUUUUUAUAUACUUAAAGGAGUUUUCGUAGUACCAAUGAAAUAACGUUUACCCAAAAUCCAACUACAGAUAAAAAUUUAUGUUAAAACAAGAAUCAUUAUUUAACCUUAUAUUUUUGGGAAAUAAAAUAUGAAUGAAAUAACGUUUACGUAUAGAAUAACGUUUGCACAUAAUAACUGAUAGGUUUUCCCAUUUAUUCUUGCAAUAAUUAAUUAAAGUAAAGUAUCUUAAAUAGCGUUUCCGUAUAAUCUAACAGCUGUCGACAAUAUUAAAUUUUUCGUUAAUUUUUCUGUACUUAAAAUUAUUGAUACUUGAUUGUAGGAGAGUUUUUGCAAAUAGAAAAUUCUUUUUAAUUCUGAAUUAUUAAUGGCUUUCGCACAUUUUCUUAUAUAUAUGUAAAAGAGUUUUUGCAGCGGCAAUAAAAUUGCCUUUACUUAAAACUUGAUUACUAUUAACAACACAAAUAUCGAUUAAAAAUGAUUAAUUUUUUAUGGUUAUUAAUAGAGUUUUAGUACAGAACAUAUUAUUGAAAUAACGUUUACGUAAAUGAAUCUGUCAAUGCCAAGUGUUAACUUCUAUUAAUUGUUGAUCUUGUUAAAAAUUUCCCACAAUUUCUGAGAGGCAAUUUUUGCAUAUCGAAGAAUUACAGAGUAAUCAAUAUGACUUUUGCUUAAGGUUACUUUUCGCUAGUAAAAAAACUAGUGUCAAAAUAGCGUUUACGUUAUACUUUAUUUUUAAAACAAACGUCUAAUGAACGAGAUUCUUCGUAAAUAAUCUUUUAAAUAAAUUUUAAUAUUAGUCAACUUUAAGUCUAAUAAAAAGGAGUUUUCGCUUAACCGUUAACGUUAUUAACCGUCACUGCUGUGCCUUUUCGCUAAAUAAAUUUCCUAAAUUAUUAUAAUACGUAUUGCGAUAAUACGGAUGAUCUCAGCAAUAAUAAAAGUAUUUAAUGAUCACUGUUAGACCUGAAUAGUACGAGAUCAUAGGUCAUGAGUCCUUUAUAGGGUAAUUAUUUAAUAAUUCUUAUACGAAAAGAAACAAUUCCACUUUGUAGAUAAUUUCUUUUAUGGCCUUUGACGUCGAACUAAGGUUUAGGUAAAAAAAAAACUCACUGCCUACUGUGUAUAAAAAAAAAGUGGUAAUUAACCGAUAAUUAAGUUAAAUAAUUAGUUAGUCAGUGCAAAGACGUUUAUUAAUAAUUAAUAUAAUUAAACUAUUGUGAAUGUGGUAUAUAAAUAUAGUUGCUGUUAAAGUUUUCAACGUUUAGAUAUGACAAUAAUAAAUAUUCGGGGGAAUGGGGCGUCGUUUAAGUCCUAUAAAUGUUCUUUAUAUGGGAACUCGUUGGUCUAGGUACACCUAAAACAGCGACGCACGCAAACUGCUUCAAACAUCCAACGAGUUCAGUAUAAAGAGACUUUUGUUUUUCUGUAAAUUACCAGAAGCUAUAAAAUUCACGUCAUAAUGUUGGUUGUCAUUAAUUAAUGAUUAUAUAGCGGCACAACUCAUCAUUUUUGUGAUUUUUAGUCCAUUCCCAUAUAGAAACAAAACUGAAAUAUAUUUUGGAUUUAAACCGUUGAAAUUUCAUUCACUAACAGUCUUAAAUUACUAAUAACAAAUUAUAUCAUACAAUGCCUUUAAAGGAUGUUUAAUUUUGAACUCCCAGUAUAUUAAAGUUUCAUAUCAUGAUAGAGUUUUUAAAUGAUAGGCCGAGAACACUGCCAUUCACUCGUGCCAUUAGUCAAAAUGUAUUAAAUUCUUCUCCCGGAAAGGGAUUUUAAUUAAUUUCGAACCCUGUGGACAUUAAUUGAUUAGUUAAUGUUAACGUGUAGUUAAUUAAGAUUCAAUGUAUGCGGGUACGAAUUUAUUAAAGUCAUGUUGGGUGGUAAUCGUGUGGGUCUCAAAGCGUUAAUUUUGCAAAAGAAAAAUCUUCUUAGUAUGAGAAACUGGAUAAAAUAUUAAUCUCAAGGAUUAAGUCCUUAUCUCAACAGUGAUUUUGCAAGAUCGAUCGUGAAUUUUGUGAAUUUAAGGUUAUUAAAGUUGGUUGGACUGGAUAUGUUCAGUAAAAAAAUAUAUUUAUUACAAAUAAGAUAAGUAUGAUAAAAAAUUUAUCGAAUCAGUGAUUUUUCAAAAUUCAUCCAAACGAAAUCAGUAAAAUAUUGUUUGCUUGAGAUAAGCUUCAAUGGACCGACAAAUAUUUAUCACAGCAGUGAUUUUUUAAGAAUCAUACAAACGAAAUCAGUGAUUGAUAUUUAUUUAAUUAAUAUUUAUCACAUCGGUGAUUUCUCAAGAUUCAUAGAUUGAACGGUAUUUUGUUUAGAAGUAUUUAAAGUACGAGUAAUUUUUUAAAAUGAUUUAUUUAAUCUUAGCAGUGAUUUUUGGAACAAUAAAAUCUAUAUCUUAACAGUGAUUUUUUCAAGACUUUUUACUCAUUUUGAAUUAAAAAAAAAUUUUCUUUAUUUGAGUAUCUUUGCAAUGAUUAAAUUAUUAGUUGAGCUGUGAUUUUGUGAAGGUUGGAGCACCGAAAUCAGAAAAAAUGAUUUUUCUGAUUAAUGUUGAUCAAGUAUAAAGAUUUUAUUAACUUCGUGGUUAAAAUAAUAAAAUAUUUAUCCCAGCAGUGAUUUUUCAUGAUCUGGAAAGUUGAAAUCAGUAAAAAAAAAUUUUUCGUAAAAAAAAACUUUUAUCGGCUUUAAAAUGAUAAGAUAUUCAUCUCAGCAGUGAUUUUUAUAAAGCAAUUGACCUUUAAUCAACUAGAAAAUGAUCAAAUAUUUAUCUUAAUCAAAAAUUCAAAAACCCAAAUCAGUGAAAAAAAGCUUAUUUCACUGAUUUCAUAAAAUAUUUGUCUCACCAGUGGUUUUUAUAACCCUAAUCAGUAAGAACUAAAAUUCUUAUUAAAUGUGCUUCGAUCAAAUAGGAAAUGAUAAAAUAUUUAUCGCAACAGUGAUUUACUACAGUCGUUUUUGGUGAGGUGGGGUUUUAAAGACUUUGCAACAGUCAAACACAUCUUCUAAAGGUUGGUCGAUUCUCGAAAGUAGUGAUUUUUCUAAAGGCAGUAAAAAAUAAAAUUUUUAUAAAAUGGGCUUCUUCUUAUAUGAAAUGAUAUAAUAUUUAUCACAGCAGUGAUUACUUAAGUUGUUUUUGUUGAAGCGACCUUGGAAUAAUAAAAGACUAAUUUCUGAGGUGAUUUCAAGGGUUGGUUGACCUGAUGCUACUAAAAUAAAUUAUUUUUCUUUUAGUAGCUUUAAAUAGUUAAUUAAGUUAGCUGUUUAUCUCAGCAGAUACAAAAUCGUAUUGGCUUUGGAAUGAUUAGAUAUUUAACUCAGCAGUGAUUUUGAUGAAGCGAAUAAGUAAAAAAUAAAAUGUUCAUAAAAUGGGCUUUAAUUAACUACGAAAUGAUAAAUAUUUAUCGAAGCAGUGAUUUUUCAGGAUCUGUGCAACUGAAAUCAGUAAAAAAGAAAUAUAUUUCUGAAUUACCUAUCGGCCUUUAAAUGAUAAAGUCUCAGUAGUGAUUUUGCAAGACUAAUAGAUUAAAAAGUAUUAGUAAUAUUUUUUUAGAUGGCCUUUAAUGGUUCAAGAUUGAUAAUAUAUAAAUCACAACAGUGAUUUCUUAAGACCCAUAAGAUUAAUAUCAGUAAUGAAGUGGUUUGCUUGAUCUAAGCUUCUAGCGAUUUUAGUAUGUGUUUUUUUUAUAAAGAAAAUCAGUAAAAAAUUAAAUUUUUAUGAAAUGAGUUUCUAUCAACUAUGAUAAAAUAUUUAUCGAAGCAGUGACUUUUAUAAAACGAAUUAGUAAAAAAUAACAUUUUUAUAACACGGACUUGUAUCAAUAAUAAAAUUAUAUAAUAUUUACUUCAACAGUGAUUUUUCAAGUCGGUUUUGUUAAGGCGGUCUUGCAGCAAUAAAAUACUAAUUUCCGGGAUCAUUUUAAAGGUUGGUCGACUCUUAGCAGUGACUUUAGAUAGAGAAUAAGUAAAAAAUAAAAUUCUCAUAAAAUGGACUUUAAUCAACUAUGAAAUAAUAAAAGAAAUAUCGAGGCAGUGAUUUUUUAAGUUUUACUUUCAAAGAACUGGAAUCAGUAAAAAAAUAAACUAUUUAUGUAUUCACAGGCUUUUUUCUCUCCAUCGGCUUUGGAAUGAUAAAACAUUUAUCUCAGCAGUGAUUUGUCAGGUCGUUUUUGUUUGUAUAAUUUUAAAAGUUUAUCAACCUGAAAUCUCUCAAACAAAUUAUUUUGCUUUUGAAUAUUUUUUUUUAUUUUCAGCAGUGAUUUUUUUUAAAAUAGAACCAAAAUCUGUUAAAAAAAUGUUUUUUUAAAGAUGAGCUUCUACCGGCUUUGCAAUGAUAAAUAAAUACUUUAAAAUAAUAUAUAUUUUUUAAUCAUAGCAGUGAUUUUUUGAGAAUGAUCGAAUCUGUUACAAUCAAUCAUCAAAAAAAUUGUUUUUCUUGGAGACCUUCUAGUAGCUUUGGAGUAAUUAAGUAUUUAUCAUAACAGUGAUUUUUUCAAGGUUUCUUAUUUAUUUUAAAUUUAAAAAAAUGAUAAUUCAUCGCAAUGAUUAAAUUAUUAGUUUAGCUAUGAUUUUGUGAAGGUUAGUCGACCUGGAAUAAGUAAGGCCCUUUGAAACCAUGGCAUAUUUAUCUCAGCAGAGAUUUUUCAGUUGACUGAAUGUCCUGAUAGUCUUUGGAAGGAUAAAAUAAUUAUUUCAACUGAGUUUGUAAAGGUUGGUUAACCUGAAAGAUUUCGUGGCUUUAAAAUGAUAAAAUUUUUAUCUCAGCAGUGAUUUUCCAAGAUCUGUAGAACAGCAAUCAAUAAAAGAAAUAUUUUUCUUCAGACGACAUUCUCAUUAUUAUGGAAAAAUAAUAGAUUUAUCUCAGCAGUGAUUUUUCAAAAUUUAUAAAACUCAAAUCAGCAAAAAAAUUACUUUUCUUGAAUAACCUUCUAUCGACUUUAGAAUAAUAAAGUAUUUAUGAGAACAGUGAUAUUUUCAAGUAAUUUUCUUUGUUAAGGCAGGUUUUUAAAUACUUUGCAAUAAUAAAAUACUAAAGUAUGGAGUGAUUUUAAAGGUUGAUUGAUCUGAAAUUAUUAGAACAGAAUAUUUUUAAUCUCAACAGUGAUUUUUUUAAAUAUAUAGAACCGGAAUCAGUUAAAUAAAUGGUUUCCUAGAGAUGGACUUUGCAAUGAUAAAAUAUAAAUUUCAGCUGUUGAUUGACCUAAAACCGUGUAAUAAAUACUUUAGAAUAGUAAAGUAUUCAUCACAACAGUGAUUUUUUGAAGACAUUUUACUCCUUUUGAAUUAGAAAAGUUAUUUUCAACAGUGAUUUUUCAACGAAAGAACCUAAAUCGGUAAAAAUGGCUAAUUUUGACUGAAUGUCCUGAUUACUUUUGAAAGGAUAAAGUAGUUAUUUCAACUAAGUCAAAGUUGGUUGACCUGUAAGAUUUAAUUAACUUCAUGGCUUUAGAAUGACUAAAUAUUUAUCUCAGCAGUGAUUUUUUACGCCUAGACUAAAUUAAAAAAAAAUAUUUUUUUGAUAAGCCUUGUAAUGGUCAAAUAAUAAUCUCUGGUGUGAUUUUUAAGCUUGGUGAGCCUGGACCAGUAAAAAGAUUUUUUUUCAUUGUUUCUUUGCAUUGAUGAAACAUUUAUCUCAGCAAAGACUUAAAAUCAAAAUUCAUACAAAACUUAAUAAGUAAAAAAAUGGUUUUCUUGAGUUCAGUUUCUAACGACUGUGGAAUGACAACAUAUUGAUAUUAACAGCGAUUUUUUCAAAUGCUCAAAUCAGCUGAUGGAGGUUAUGUUUAGCAAAGAUAAAAUAGUAAUUUCUAGUGUAAUGCUAAAGAUUAAUUUGUUAAUCUCAUUUUUCAUAAUUUAUAGAACCCAAUCAGUGAAAAAUCCUUCAAGCUCGGAAAUAUCAUUUUACUCUUUUGACCUUAAAAAAUAAACGAAAAAUAAGAAGAACUUUAUUUUGCCAAAACUAACUAUUGAGACCUUACAGCUACCAAAGCAAAAAUAUAUUAAUAAUAUAAAAUUUUAAAAAAAUAUUCAAAUUGUACUCUUAGUCAGUGUUUAGCAAGUUUGUAAUUGUAGCAACAAUAACGUUUAGGCAAGUCAGUAGAUCCGAAAUUGUAGAGCAGUAAAAACAAGGCAAAUCUUCAAACUGGGUAGCCAUAUAAUGUAAGUAAACUGUAUAAGAAGAGUGUUUUGUAAAUAGUUUUAAGUUCAUUGUCACUUAAUUGUUUUAUAAAAUGUGUUUUAAGCUCCGUAUUAUACUCUUUUGUAAAUACCUCUUGAUUUCGUUUCUUACAUAGAUAAUUUUAAGAUAUUUGGAACUGAAUUAGAAAUCACUUGUCGCAAUUUUUAGAAUAAGUAUAUUCCUCCUUAUCAUUCAAUCGAACCAUUAUAAAUAAACUCAAAUUUUAUAUUGAGUUUGCUUAUAAUAAUAUAAAUCACACUUAUCGUCACUACAUAUCUCAUAUAGUAAUAUAACAAAAAGUUGCUUUUUAUAAUGCAAAUAAAAUAUAUAAAAAAGUUAAAGAACGAUAUGAUAAAGAGUUCAUUAAGUAAGAAAACGUAAUAAAAAAAAAUUGAAAAAAAAUCACGGUUUUGAGAAGGGGAAAGUUGCUAAUUGCAGCUAACAAUAAAGUAGUCGUUAAAGAUAUUAAUAAAAUACUGAAUAGUUACGCCGUUUUUUCUUCAGUCUUCAUUUCUAACACGCUGUUGUAUACAUUACAUAAUAAAUAUUACGUUUUAAGGAUGAUGUACGAUGUAAAAUUGUGAGGCGAAAAGUAAAAAUCAUGAAAAAUUU